AGCCCUGAACAUGACCACAGAGAGCUUUGCAGAAUUCUUGAACAAGCUCAAGGAAAUCCAUGAAAAAGAAGUUCAAGGUCUGCAAACAAAGCUAACGGAGCUGACGACAGAGAAGUGCCGCGAUGCCCAGAGAAUUGAAGAGUUGUUUGCUAAAAACCACCAACUAAGGGAACAACAGAAGGUCCUCAAAGAAAAUGUAAAAGUGCUGGAGAACAGGCUGCGAGCAGGUCUCUGUGACAGAUGCAUGGUCACCCAGGAGCUGGCAAAAAAGAAGCAGAAUGAAUAUGAAAAUUCCCAUUUCCAGAGCCUCCAGCACAUCUUCAUUCUCACCAAUGAGAUGAGCCGCCUGAAGGAGGAGAACAAAACUCUCAAGGAAGAACUGAAGAGGCUCCAGAGUCCAGAGGACAGGAUCAAGUACCAAGGAGCCAUCUCCAGGGAGCACAGCUCCACACCCAGCUCCCCGCUGCCAUUACUGUCCCCCACUAGCAGGAACACCAGCGCCGACAGAUUUGUUCUUGGAGCAGCAGAGGACUCCCAGCAUGGUGUGCCGGGCCUCGAGCUGGGGGAAGAGAAGACCACAGGACAGAGAAGCUCUCCUUGCAGCAGGAUUUCCCCAAGCACUAUCCUCCAAGAAGCCAGCCUGGCAGAAAUGGCAUCCCAGAGAAUUGCCAACCAGCUGCACGGCACCAUCGCCCUGGUGAGGCACAGCCUGGAGAAAAGUCCCUCGAGGGCUGCAGUGUCUCCACCGGCCAGGAAGACCCCACUGCCACCAGAGCAGGAACGCAGCCCCAGCCUGGAGCCUUACUUAACAACAACCAAGCCAAUCUCCCCCAAGACUGCUCCAUCCUAUGAAAGCCUAAAGCUGACUGCCCGCAAAGAGCAGCUCUGCCUCCUCAACAAGCACCUCGCCCUGCACCAGCUGGGGCUGGCAAGUGGUUGCGUUCCAUCCGAUGGGGACAGCAGCUUCCACAGCCGUUUGCUCAGGGCCACAGAUGGUGGUGGCAGGACAAGGCCACGUGAUGACUGGGAUGACAGAGCUGCCCUGCUGAAGCUCCCUGCAGCUGUGGUGUAUGUGAGGGACCAGCACCUGGAGGGGAAGCUGCACCUCCUCAAGCACCGUGAGCGGCUGCAACAUCUUGAGCAGCAGCAAAGCCAUCGGGUCAGGGUGGAUGGGGAGCCAAAAGCUGUGCCCAAGGAGCGGCCACUGUCCCCAUGCCUGAGCAUCGCAGUGGGAUGCAAGGAGGAGAGGAUGGAGGAUGCUGCAGAUGGGAAGGUGGAGAGAGUGCUCUGGUUGAGCCGGGAUGGCUCUGAGCACCGAGGAAAGGUGGAAGCACUGAAAGACUAUGGUAUGGAUGUCCCACUGGACCUGUCAGACACCGGGCGUGGGAGGGGAAUGGGACGGAUCAAGCACCAGGAGGCCACCAGUCCAUGUCUGAACCCAGGGGACAGCCCCAUGCAUGGCUCCUGCAGAAGACAUGGGAUGGAGCGGGACAGCUCACAGCCUCACAGCUGCUGGCAUGAUGCUGCCCAGAGACAGGUCACAGAGCAGCCUGGUGCCAUUAAGGAGGAGGAGGAGGAGGAAGAGGAAGAGGAGGCAGCUAUGCUCGCUCUCUCCCGGAUGCAUCCUAUAAACAAGUCACCACCAAGCAACACAGAGACUCCUCCAGAGCCCAGGGUGAGACUGGUAGCCAGUGCACAGAAGGAAGAACCAGGUAAAGAGCCUCGGGCGAGCCUGACAUCUGAGAAGGCAAAUGCCAAAGAUGAUGAUGAUGGUGAUGAUGAUGAGUCCACAAAGCAGGAAUCUGAUGAGGCAGAUACAACAGACAGCGAGGUGGCUUCUCCCUAUGAACGCGACGUCCUGCAAGAAGCCCAGUCAGAAGGGAAAUAUUUUUGCACCAAAGACAAAGCUCAUGCACUGCAGAAGAAGAGAAGAGGACAGGAUUCCUGGACAAAAGGCUCCAAGAAGGCAAUGAGAGGAAGAAAGAAAGUCAAAGUGGAGCAGUGCUCGCUGGGGAUGACAGAGAAAGCGGAGAGCUGCUUGGCUUCCCACCAUGACCCCUCUGAGGAGAGUUAACUGGGUGGUGCAGAGACACAUGGACACUGCAACUGAAGGAGAAGAGCUCAGAUCCAGUAUUUCACCAACACCAAGAGAGCAACUGCUGUCCACAAGGACCCAUAAGAACUACUUCAGGAGUAGAGCACCCUCGAACCCUCCCUGGGUGCUCCUGGGAGAGGCUCAAGCAUGGACCUUCACCUUGGUGCCAGGAAGAGGGACCAUACUCUUCCUCAGGAUUUGGUGCUGGGAGGAGGGACCCCAACCUCACUCCCUGUGGCCCAGAACCUGGCCCACCUGAGCACUGCAGGUCCCUUUGUCCCUAUGCAUCAAUUCAGUCCUGACCUGGGUUUCAUACAGGUGUGGAUCUUGUUUGAGCUGCAAAGCCCAUGGAUUUCCUUUCGAGCACAUGGGCCAAGCAGGUGAGACACAUUCCCAGUGAGGGAAGGGACAAGAGCAUGAGAAAGGACAGCAUGCCUGAGGUGUCCGAUGUCCCCAGCAGAGCCAGGUGUGUGCUCCUGGCUGUGCCCCACGGCACAGCCCCAGCCCAGCAGCUCAUGCAGAGAGCUUGUUUUCAUAUGGAUAAACUGUUCUCAUGCAAUUUUUCUGAAUCAUGGCCUUCAGCAUCGAGUGAUGGAGUGCUGCUGCUUGGGAUGGGACUGAAGAGGAGCGAGCAGUGCUGCACUGGGGCAGGGCUGUUCCUUGCACACGUGCAGCAGAGCUGAAGCAGAAGUGCCAGAGACAGCACGUGCCCUGUGUGGUUCCUUCCCACAGCCACUUUCUCUGCCUGGCACUGCUCUUAUUUUAUUGAGGGUUUGUUUGUCCCAUUCACGUGGGGGGGAAGCAUGGCAAGCCAAACCCCCAGCUGGACGCACAACUGGCACAGGCAUCUUCUCCACAUUGUGUUUCCAUCUUCUUAGAGCAAGCCAGGUAAAAUAAAAAUAAAUAAUAAAAAAAGAUAAGUAUGCGUAUAUAUAUUAAUAGAGACAAUAAUGAUAACAUUAAUGAUAAAGCAAAAAGACUCACUGCAGCCAAGC